AUGUAUUCACAAAUGCCCGGCAACAUGGCAGUUAACUGGGUUUUAUAUUGCGUUUUUUUACUGCCACUGUUCGCAGUGGGGACGGCUUUCUCGGGGGUCUUCAACACCACGGACAGAGACAUUUUCACAGAUGACUUGCUGCAGGUCAAGCUCGCACAAGCCAGAGCGACUGAGCAGUGGAAACUCCAGCCCUCUGCUUCCCAUCCCAACCUAUAUUUUAACCAAGUGGAUGUGUUGCACUUGAGGCAAAGGUCCUCCACCACCCACAGUCACAUAUUUAAAGUCAUCCGGGCCGCUGCGCUCACCAUGUUGGCAAAUGUUCACUUUUACAUGCCCCCUGCGAAACAUGCAGAGUUUACAAGCAAGUGGAAUGAGAUUUAUGGGAACAACCUGCCUCCCCUGGCUCUCUACUGCCUGCUGUGCCCAGAGGAUUCUGCUGCCCUGCAGUUUCUUAUCAAGUUUAUGGAUAAGCUGGCUGAAUACCCGGACUGGAAGGUGACCAGUGCUCCUAACGAUGAGGUCCCCAUGGCGCACUCUCUCACUGGGUUUGCUACAGCGUAUGACUUUAUUUACUCCUACCUGGAUGAGCGGCGGAGGGAUGUUUACCUCAAGAAAAUUCGCUCUGAGACGGAGGAGCUGUUUGAAGUCUCAAAGUACAGAGGGUGGGGGAAACAGUACCUCCAAAAUCAUCAAACCACCAACAUAUUAGCCGUCCUGAUCGGCGCUAUAGUGGUCGGAUCGCAUGACGACCGGGAGUCAAUGAUCUGGAAACAAGUGGCAGUCAGCUACAUGGAGAAAACUAUGUUCCUCCUAAACCAUGUCGUCGAUGGGUCUCUGGAUGAGGGAGUCGCCUAUGGGAGCUACACAGCCAAGUCCAUCACACAGUACGUCUUCUUGGCCCAGCGCCAUUUCAACAUCGACAACCUGCAGAACAACUGGCUGCGUGGACACUUCUGGUUUUACUACGCCACUCUGUUGCCCGGCUUCCAGAGAACAGUUGGCAUCGCGGACUCCAACUACAACUGGUUUUAUGGACCGGAGAGCCAGCUGGUUUUCCUGGACACGUUCGUCAUGAGGAACGGGACGGGCAACUGGCUGGCCCAACAGAUUAGAAAGCACCGGCCCAAGGAUGGUCCCAUGGGGCAGUCGUCUGCCCAGCGCUGGGCUACUCUUCACACAGAAUACAUCUGGUACAACUCCCACCUCGCGCCGCAGCCCCCCCACAACUUUGGGAAGCCGAGGAUGCACAUUUUCUCAAACUGGGGUGUGGUUACUUACGGAGCGGGACUACCAAACGGCCAGGGUAAUACUUUUGUCUCCUUUAAGUCUGGCAAGCUGGGUGGCCGCGCCGUUUAUGACAUCGUCCACGACAAGCCUUACUCCUGGGUGGAGGGCUGGAACAGCUUUAACCCAGGCCACGAGCACCCUGAUCAGAACUCUUUCACCUUUGCCCCUAAUGGACAGGUAUUUGUUUCCGAAGCACUUUAUGGACCAAAGUACAGCUACCUGAACAACGUUUUGGUGUUCAGUCCGUCUCCUACCAGCCAGUGUAACGAGCCGUGGGAGGGCCAGUUGGGGGAGUGCUCUAAGUGGCUGCGAUGGGCCGAUGAGGGGGUGGGUGAUGCCAGAGGGGAGGUGAUUGUCGCUUCCUCACACGGGGACACCAUGUUUGUGAGCGGUGAAGCGGCGUUGGCUUACUCCCCCGCUAUGAGACUAAAGAGUGUGUACAGAGCUUUAGUGCUGCUUAACUCGCAGACCCUGCUGGUGCUUGACCACGUAGAGAAGUGGAGUGAUUCACCUGUGAGGUCGCUCAGUGCUUUUUUCCACAAUCUUGACAUUGACUUUAAAUACGUCCCUUUCAAAUUCAUGGACAGAUAUAAUGGCGCCAUGAUGGACGUAUGGGACGCUCAUUAUAAAAUGUUCUGGUUCGACAGCCAGGGUCACAGCCCUGAUACCAGGAUACAAGAGGCAGAGCAGGCGGCAGAGUUUAAAAAGAGAUGGACCCAGUAUGUCAAUGUCACUUUUCCAAUGACAGGCACAGUCAGCAGAGUAGCUUACGUGUUACACGGCCCAUAUGUCAAAGUGUCCAGCUGUAAAUUUGUGGAUAACAGCAAAAAUGGAGUGAGACUUUCUUUAACCAUAAAUAACACAGAGAAGAUAGUCUCUAUUGCGACAAACUACAAAGACAUAGGAGCUAGGUCGACUUAUUUAGGAUUUGGAGGUCACUGUAAAGUUGAGGAUAGAUAUCAAAUCACUCGAUAUGGCCUUGGGACUCAACUCAUCCCCAAACCAAUCAGCAGUAAUAAUCAGCUGUUUGACUUUGGCUUCACAGUCAAUGUGAUAGCAGGGGUUGUCCUCUGUGUGGCCAUAGGAUUUUUGACCAUGCAGAGAAAGUUUUAUGUCUGCUUCAGCAGGCUGAUGCGCUACGCCCUCCUCUCCGUGCUCCUUCUGUGGAUAGCCGAGCUGCUGUUUGUGUCUAACAGCUGCGAUCAGCUCCUCUGUGGGGUAAAAUGGAAAGUUGCGGGUGCCAAAAGCGAAGUAAACAAACAAAUCAAACUGUACGAGCAGCACCGGCUCCCCCUCCCCACCGUCGUCAUAACAACCCUUCCCGGAUCGGGAUCGGAAAUGCUCAAGCACCUUUUCUACAACAACUCGGACUUUGUUUACAUAAGAGUUCCCACCGAGCACGUGGACUUUCCUGAGACGGAGUUUGAGUUCGACUCCCUGGUCGACGCCUGCGAGUGGUCAAGGUCAGACGCCGUGCAGGGACGUUUUAAGAUUAUUCAGGGCUGGCUGCACUCAGUGGUCCACAACACCAAGCUGCACUUGCAGAAUAUUCAGCUGGUAGAGGGCAGCCGGGUCAGACAGCCCCAGAGAGCCGGCACCUCGAGGGACAGAAAGAGAAGAUCCAGGAGGAGAGAGCCGGCGUCUGAGCUGAAGGGCAGACUGAGAGCGGGCCUGGACAGAGAUGCAGAGUACGUCAGGGAGAUGAGACGGCACGUUGCGGAGUACCCCAACGCCAGGGUGGUCCUCAACAUGCGGAGUGGAAGCUGGGCGCUCAAACUGCCUUUCAUUCAGGAGGUGGUGGGAUCCUCCCUGAGGACAAUCUACCUGGGGAGAGACCCUCGAGCGUGGAUUUACCUCAUGGUUUACAACAGCAAACCCAGCUUGUACUCCCUUAAAAACAUCCCGCAGCACCUUUCCUUGAUAUUCAAGGAGGACGCUGCCGUUGGCGGGUGCCCAAAUGCGGCGCCGGAGUUUAAAAUUCUCCAGAGGCUGCUGUCCCGGUCUGAGACGGACCCCGUCCUCAUACUGGCUCACCUGUGGCUGGCUCACACCGCCGCAGUGCUUCGGGUCGGCGAGAGCCUCCCCGAGGAGUCCUACCUCCACGUGAGGUUUGAGGACGUGGUCAACUUCCCGCAGGAGACGGCGGAGAGCAUUCACACUUUUCUGGGGGUGCCGGUCUCACCCGCAGCCCUCAACCAACUUCUAUUCACCACCUCCACAAGCCUGUACAAUCUCAUGUACGAGGGAGACAUUUCACCGGCCAACAUUAACAUGUGGAGACAAAAUAUGCCGCGAAAGGACAUCAGACUAAUAGAGGACGUGUGUGGGAGUGUGAUGAGGAGGCUGGGUUACACCAGUUAACUUUGCUGCUGCUGCUGCUGCUGCUGGUCAGCUGAUAUUGAGCUGUCUCGUUUACUGUAACUGCCAUCGGGUUCUGUAAAGUGUUUAUUUUCUUUUGCACUGACCUUAAAUUGUUACAAGAUGUUACAAGUUGAAGAGAAACUGAGUAGCAUUUCAAUCGUUUUCCUGUUUGUUGUGUUUGUUUGGGUGUCGUACAGAAUACAGCAACAGAUGUUUGUGAGGGAGGAAUAUUUUACAUUAAAAUAGGUGAAAAGGGAGCUCAUGUUAUUCUUUUCCCCCCAGCAGCCCUUCACACUCACUGGUAGCACUUUUUUUAUUGUGUGAGACUUUAGACCUUUGCUGUCUUACUUGCAGAGUUAAAUCUGAGCAUACAUUUUGUUAUUUUGCAGCAUCCUACAACAGCUCAGUUUCACAGUGAAAAGAUUAUUUACCGUUUGUUUUAGUAAGAAAUGAGAAAAUUAGUUUUUUCCAAUCCCUAAUCUGUGAUGUCAGAGAGUUGUUUGUGCAAAAUCCAUAUCUGUUAUAACUGGCUCAUUUG